AGCACUGGGCAUGCUCAGUGAGCCCGGGCAGGUUUUUGGUCGCGAGCAGGAAGCUUUUUUUGCACUACAUUCAUCGGCUGCCAGGAGAAGGAGCCGCGGUUACGUGGUCGCCGCUACCCUUCCCGGGGGGGCCGCCUGUCACCGCACGGCACAACGCAGCGCCGCGCCGCGCCCGGCCAACCCUUCCUCGCCUCCCCGGCCCCAGCCGCUGCCGCCGCCGCUGGCCAUGGCCGCGCUCGGCCACCUCUCCACCUUCGGCCGGGUUACCCACGCCGUGGUGCGCGGACUGCCCGAGUCCCUGUGCCAGCACGCGCUCCGGCGCCACAAGGGCGACGAGGUGGAUUUCGCCCGGGCCGAGCGGGAGCACCAGCUCUACGUGGGGGUGCUCAAGAACAAACUGGGGCUGCAAGUGGUGGAGCUGCCGGCAGACGAGAGCCUGCCCGACUGCGUGUUCGUGGAGGACGUGGCCGUGGUGUGCGAGGAGACAGCUCUCCUCACCAGACCCGGGGCGGUGAGCCGGAGGAAGGAGGUUGACUUGAUGAAAGGAGCAUUAGAAAACCUUCAGCUCAACAUAGUAGAGAUGACAGAUGAAAAUGCAACCUUGGAUGGUGGAGAUGUUUUGUUCACAGGCAGGGAAUUUUUUGUGGGCCUUUCCAAAAGGACAAAUCAACGUGGUGCAGAAAUCCUAGCUGACACUUUCAAGGACUACGCUGUUUCCACAGUGCCAGUGGCUGAUACUCUGCAUCUGAAAAGUUUCUGCAGCAUGGCUGGCCCCAACCUGAUUGCCAUUGGCUCGAGUGAACCUGCACAAAAAGCUCUCAAGAUCAUGCAGCAGAUGAGCGACCAUCGCUAUGACAAAUUGACCGUGCCUGAUGAUGUGGCUGCAAACUGCGUGUAUUUAAACAUCCCCAACAAAGGGCAUGUCUUGUUGCACCGAGCCCCGGAAGAGUACCCGGAGAGUGCCAAGGUGUUUGAAAAACUGAAGGACCACAUGCUGAUACCUGUCACCAACACAGAACUGGAAAAGGUGGAUGGACUACUCACCUGUAGUUCAAUUUUGAUUAACAAAAAGGUAGACUUGUGAGUCCACAGAAUCCCCUCCUUGUCACUGGCAAUAACGUACAUGCAAGGCCGAUGACUCUGUACCCAGUCGUGUUUUGAUUGACAAUCUACUGUGCCACGAUGCUACUAAUCUGUGUUUACAAAAGUUAAUUCUCAUUUCCAUUCUGUUUCAUCAUUUGCUUCUCUCCUCACCCCAGGUGGUACUUAAGCUGUGGAUUUGAUAGCUGAAUAAGUCUAGGAAAUAUAAGUCUUAACAAACUAUUAAAACUUGAUUGGAGCAAGGGAAACACUCGUCUUAAUGACUUACAGAAAAUCCUUUGAGAUACCAGGAAAUUCGGAAGAAUGCCUUGAUCAGAUAAUCUCUCUUCUCUAUAUAUCAUCUGCAUAUAUUAGGAUUCCUACAGAAUUCUUUUUCUUUUUCUCCUCUCUCUCUCUCCUUCUCCCUCUCCCUCUCCCUUUCUCCUCUCUCCUCUUUCUCCUUCUCCCUCUCUGUUUUUCUCAAAUUUCUUAAUUUUGUCCUCUAAUAACUUUUGCCUCUUUUUGUAUCCCUAGCACUUAGUACAGUGCCUGACAUAUCACAUAGUAGGCACUUUAAUGCUAAUUGACUAUUGACUAUAAUAGAUCUAGAGCUGGGAAGGACCUCAGAAGCCAUCUAGUCCAUUGUCCUCAUUUUAUAGUUGAGGAAACUGAGGCCUUCUCUCUUUGCUUUUUGUUGUUUUUUGGUUUGUUUUUUUCUACACACCAUUCCCUCUCUUCUCACAGCCACCUUGACAUUGACUCAUCUUGGGCCUCUGGGUAGUAAAGCUUUAGCCAAUACACCACCACCAUGCAAUUCCACUCUGGCCUCAAUACAGUCUGCCUCACUAUUACAACUUCUGCCUUAAGGAAUGGGCAAAUGGGCUCCUGAGCAGAAUCACGACCAAAAUCUGGGUGGCGGCUUGGGAAAGCAUGACUAUGCAGGGGGGCACCAGGAUGGGGCUGGCCCCAGAGAUUCAAAUUCCAGAAGAGUUAGAGGUCCACACCUAGACAAGCUGCAACCUCAUCUUCUGCUGAUAACUCAGAUUCCCUGCCUAAAAAUUCAGGUGGCUAUGACAAGUCUAAGCAUUAACAUGCUAAAUAGAAAUUAGAGGAACUAACAAAAUCUAUCUCGGAAAUACUAUGCUAACUUUGCAUCUUAUAAAGUCUUUGUGGGGAUACUUACAUUUGCAUGCUCUUCCCCCUUGUGGGGCUCCCCAAUACUCCAAUAGAUAAGUGAGCUCACUGAAGUGGGUAGUCCCUUCCCCAGCGUAUAAGUCUCAACCCAUUCAUGUCUGCCCGUUCCUAAUGACUCUUGUCCAUAAUCUCCCAUAAAUCUAUCACAGGGAUUCCAUUUGACAUGCUAAGGGGUUUCCUCUCAUCUGGGAAUCCAAAUCAUUUGGGGGCAUAUUUUUUCAAUUUUAAAAAAAGUUUUCUUUUCCUUAUUUAUUAUAUUCCUGUUUCUGUCCUUCUUGUCUCUCCCAAGAGUCUGUUUUUUAAAAUUAAGAGUAUGCUAUUUCCCCCAAAAAAGGAAUAACAUCCAAAAAUGAAUGUGCACGCUAGGAGCAUAACUCAAAAAGAAUGGAGCAUCAUGUCCCUGAUGAAAGAAGUGAUUGGGCAGUCCCUACAUGGCUAACUUGGACCUGAGACCAGCUUCACAUAAUAGAAGACUUUUUCCCCAAACUUCCAUGAAUAUUUAUGAUGGAAUUCAAUUAAAUCCCAUUUCUCCUGUAACUCUCAAAUUGCACAACCUUCAGAAUGACUCAGGCAGCACAAAGGAAAAUACCACAGUGAAGUAAAAAGCCAUUGUCUUUUUUCUUCAACUUGAAAGAGUCCACCCCUACACAGACAAGGGAAAUGGUAUUUUCCAUGGAAAGAUGGCUGGUUUCAACACGUUAUCAACUUCCCAGUCAUCUCCACCUUUCCUGUGGAUUUGGGGAUAAGGAAAAUUCAGAAAACACUUGUUACAUUCUUAUUCUCUUUAGCUGUUCCUUCCUUGCCAACCUACAUGUAUGUAUGUACAACCUACUCAAUCAGCAAAAAAAAAAAAAAAAAAAAAAAGACACAUAGCUACAACCUAACUCAACCUACAAAUACUUUAACUAAACUAUUUAAUAGCCCUCUCAGUAGAUAGCAGGAAGAACUCAACCUGGAUAAACCACGAAGAAAACAGACAUGUCACCCUCCACUUGAGACUACUUGUCUUCUCUAUUUAGCCUAGGAACCAGAGGAAAUGUCUCCAGAUCCUCAUUGCUCAACUUUUUAAUUCUUAUCAUGUGCAGACAUCUGAUCAUGUACAUCCUGUAAAUGAAACAUUUGCUGGUCAUUGUUAUAUUUCAAGUUGUCAGAGAUGAAUAAUCCCAAAUUCAAAUAAAAAUAGGGAAAUGCCAUACCAACAAGGGAGAGAAUAUUGACCACGUUUUGUGGGGAGGCAAGAAGGAACUUGAACCCUGUGGAAAUGAUUAACCCCUUCACGUCAAAUUUGACCAUAGACAAAAGAAGGACUGACUUUGAAGGGUCCAUAUCACAAAGAAGGAAGGAAGGAAGGAAAGAAAGAAAGAGGGAAGAAGGAAGAAAGAAAGAAAGGAAGGAAGGAAUAAAAAUUAAUAAGUAAGUUUAGUUUAGUAAGAGUAACUUAUAUUACUUCCAUCCAUUAUUACAAUCUGAUGAUCAUGUAACCCUGCCUAUUUUUAGUCAAUUGCAAGGUGAAUAAAAUUCUCUGAAUCAUCUUUCCCCAGAAUUUCAUUUUGUUGUUCUUCUCUUCUCCUUUCUCUUCUCCUCUCCCUCUAUCUCAAGAAAUGACGUCAAAUUGGGGCACCCCUUCCCCAGAGCCUCAUCCUGAAUUCUUAAAUCAACCUCUAUAUCACACAUUAUAUUUCCCCUUUUGUGAUACUCUGUGUGACCUGCCUGUUAUGGACCUUUAAAACACACACAGAGCACAAUAGUAUUUCUUUGAUACCAACCGUAUAAUGUCCCCCACACUGGUUGAUGAUGAAUUUGUAAGGACAGACAAACUGUAACAAAAACUCCCUUUGACACAAGCAAGUCAGUGUUUUAUUCAAAUAAUCGAAACUUCAAAUAGAAUUACUUAACCAGCAAAAUUAAAUCAAAUAGGGGGGAUACAAAGAAAUUUCUUUAUUUCUUCAGGGUUUUUUCAACUGUGGCAGGUAACUAUAGAAACCAAUAAACACAGGUCUUUUACCAAUUAUUUUACUCUUUUUUAUCUACUAUGAACAGAAUAUUAAGGCCAUCUCUUCACCUUAUGGUAAAAACUACUUAGUAAAUGAAUAAUGUAACUUGUAUAGAGUUGCAUGGAAAUCUUUAUAAUUAUUCACCAUUUAGUAUUGCAUUGUUGUACAGCUUGCAAAUAGGAUUACAAUAUGGCGCUAGAUUUGGUCAGUCUCUCCCUCUGAUCAUGUCCUGCCGGCCAGUAUAUUGUUAGCCUCUUUUUGUGUGCCAAAAUCAUAAAUAUCCUAGUCCUUUAGGCCAGAGAAAUUCUGCAAUGAUUUUAGUCUCUUGUAAUUCCAAUAUUUGAUGUAAACCAGUUAUUAUGGAAUAAAGUGUCCGUCGUGCUGCAAA